AUGCGUCAAACUCUAUACGUUCUGACCUCUAUGGCAAUGGAUUUGGUGAAACAGCUGAGGCGUGCGUCUUUGCUGCAGACUGCAGGACAGCAGGUGGAUUUCACCGCCAGUGUCGAUCUGGCGAGAAAAUUGCGUAAUGAACUGAAUGAUCGCUUCCUCAUUGUUCGUAGUGAGAAGGAGAAUGAAAACAACACCAAGCACACCGUACCUGAUCUCAUUCACAUGGUAAAAAUUCUCGAGAGAGAGACAACCGCACUUUGCACGAGAGCGUAUAAACCUGCAGAAGAUUAUGAGCACUACAGAAACAGACAUCAGGUAAUUCCGGAUUUGACGGAACGAAUUGCCAAUCAACUUCGUAACAUUCACUCGGUGAUGGGCGAAUUCAGACGAGCCUGCGGUCAGCUGCAAGACCCGUCGAACAAUGCCAACGCAAGAAAAGACGGUCCGGCGAAGUGA